AUGAAUCGACCACGCCAAGGCGAAGAGCUCCCAUGGGCUAAACCCCUCAGCAUAGAUCUCUUGCACAAAGUACUCCAAGUAACUUUCCUGCACCCCUUCGUCGCCUGGAUGAUCCCCCUUUGUAUGCGCGCCCAAGCAAUGCCCUGGCAUCAUCAAGCCAUUCAGUAUGCCAUCGGCUAUGCUUCUCUCCUCACCAUGUUAUAUUUCCUUUCUAUCCUCAAUCGACAAAUCGCAUACUCCAAAGCUCGAGAAGUAGAUUUGUCAGAAGAAGUUAUAGUGAUUACAGGCGGUGCGAGUGGAUUGGGAUUGUUGGUUGCGGAGGUAUAUGGAAUGCGCGGCGCGACGGUUGCGGUGUUAGAUGUGAGAGAUUUGGAGAGCGGAGAGGCGAGGGGAGUGAGUUAUUAUAAAUGCGAUGUUGGGAAUCGAGAGGAGGUUGCUAGAGUGGCUGUGGAGAUUGAACGAGAUCUCGGCACCCCUACAAUCCUCAUCAACAAUGCGGCGAUUGUAAACGGUAAAUCGCUUAUGGAUCUAUCUCUCGAUGAAAUAGAACAGAAUUUCAAAGUAAACCUCCUAGGAAGUUUCUACACCCUCAAAGCCUUCCUCCCAGGCCUCAUCCGCACCGGUCACGGUACCAUCGUAACUAUGUCCAGCGUCCUAGGCCACCUAGGAGCCGCCCAACUUAGCGACUACAGUGCCUCCAAAGCCGGCCUUACUGCGCUGCACCACUCUCUAACUGCAGAACUCAAAGCCUAUCCUAAUAUUAAAACGGUAUUAGUCGAGCCAGGCCAACUAAGCACGCCGUUAUUUUCCGGGACGGUAACGCCGAAUAGUUUUUUCGCGCCGGUACUGGAACCGGUUGAUGUGGCGAGGGAAAUUAUCGCGACGAUCGAUAAGGGGAGUAGUGCGGUGUUGGCUAUGCCGUUGUAUGCGAGGUGGGUGGGAUGGAUGGGGGUCCUGCCUGUGGGAGUGCAGGCGAUUGCUAGGAGGGUUAGUGGGAUUGAUGGGGCGAUGAAGACAUUUGAGGGGAGGAGAGAGGGCAGUAAGGAGAAGGAAAGUUUGAUUUAG